AUGGGCGCAUCUGAGAUUGCCAGAGAUAAACAACAUUUGAGAAUCUUGUCUAUAAAUGAUACUACCGGCCGUUGUUGGGCACAGACCUUCAAUCAAACCGCCGAGAUGUCACAACGUCUUGACAACAAGAAAUGGCUCUGGUGCCUUCUAGCCCUUCACGUGGGAUCUGUGUGGGCAACAGCUCGACCAGUAACAGUGAGAACACCUCCUAGCAAUCCUUCCACUAUUGAAGCUCAAGCCAAAUUCUUCCAGGAUUUUUUCUCAGUACAGUUGAGUCCGUACAAGAUAGAGUUCGGUCACGUCUGCGAGGACCCUAACACGUGGGAGCAACGAUACGAGAAGAAAGACUUUAAGAACCACAGGGACAUGGGAAAAGUACGUUGGGGUGACAAAAAGGGAGGGUAUGGAGAACAUUACUGGGACCUGAACCAUGCAGGCAAUGCUGACAACAUUGGAGAUGACGGUGAUGAUGGCUCAUACAGAGAACCCCACGACAUUGAUCAUGGCUCGUACAGAAAUUCCCACGACGUUGAUCCCUACGAUGAACCAAGCAACAGUGCACCAACCUACGGCGAAGAAGAAUAUGACCCAGAAAGAUCAAGCUACGAAGAAACUGGACGAGCUAAACGAGCCCACCCAAAAGUAGAGAGAGCACGUAAAUCAGAAAGGAAACAUCCAAAAUCAUACCAAACAGAAUCUGCUGAAGAAUCAGCGCCUAAGAAACAAAAUAACAGAGAUAACAGAGAACGCAACAAUAACAAUAAUAACAGAGAACAAGAAGCAGCUGAAACUUCUCAUGAAGAGGAAUUUGAAGAUGCUGAUGAUGAAGAAGAGGAAGAAGAAGAAGUUUACGAGAAACCAAAACCAAAGAGACAACACUAUAGAAAGAAAGAAAAUGAUACAAAGCAAAAAGAAAAGAAUCAAAUAGUAUUAGUAGUAAGUCACAAGGACGAUGAAGAACAACAGCAGAAUCAGUUUACACCCACAAGUCCACCAGACCAUUCGUCGUACUUGAACCAACAGCAGCCAGACUUGACACAGUAUUUACCACAACCUCAGCAACUGCCUCAACAGCUGCCACAGUACUUGCCCCAACCUCCUCAAGUACCUAAGCAACAUCUAGAGCCACCUCAUUUCGUGCCCUACGAAGGUGGUGCAGGAGUAAGGCAACAUCACCAACCAGACGUGACCGCCGCAUCCACCGUCCCAAGACUUUUCUUAGAACCUUCAACUGGUCACGUAGUAGACCGAGCCACGGGGCAAGCUUACGUGUUGCAGCCAAUAGCACCGCAUAAUAAUUACAAUUAGAAAGUUGUUCUAGGAGAUUAGUUUAGUAACGUAGUUUUGUUAUAGUAAUUUAUUUUUAUAAUUAAAAGUUUUGCUACUGUUA